AUGGCAAGGAGAGUUAUGGAGCUUGAGCAGGAGGCCGCGGAAAGCCGCGACGAGCUUUCCCUUCAGCAGGACGAGCACGCGCGCCGCCUCGCCCUCGCCGGCGCGCAGAGGGGAGGCGGCGGCGAGUUCAACAGCAGUAGGCGCGUGUCGCAUGGCGGCGGCGGUGACCGCGCCGAGGAGAGGGCGCUGAGGGCCAAGAACGAGAUGCUGGAGAGGCAGCUGGCGCAUAUGAGGGAGGAGGCGGAGGAGACCCAGCUCGAGCUCGCGGCUGCUAGAAAGGCUCGGUUUUCCACGUGGUCGUCUCGCCGCCUCACCCGUGGCCGGAGCGAAUCCCUCCAGAGUUCCCCCGCGCUUUCCGCCCGGCUCGAGCGGGGGGACGGCAGCCUCAACGGGGGGGGGGUCGGCGCGGCGCCGCCGAGGCCGCUCAGCCCAGCAGGCUCCUCCUUCUCUCCCAGUCGCCUCCCCGAGGUGUUGGCGGCAGUCAGCCUCGGCGGCGGCGGCGGCGGCGGCGGCGUGGCUGGCGCGCCCGUCACGCCUGGCCAAAGCGAGCAAGACCACCACCACUACCGCCGGUCGUCGCUCUCGCGGGUGUACUCCUCCUCUUCCUGCGCCGCCUCCGCCGCCGCCGCGGCGGCAGCGGCGGCGGCGCGCCUUCCGAGGGGGGUGGUGCCGUCGCCCCUGGUGGGCUCCGAGGGAGGAAAUCAAGGUGGCGGCGGCGGCGGCGGCAGCAACUUGUGCGGGGGCGACGAAAGGGAGGAGGAGGAAGAGGAGGAGGCGGAGGAGAACGAUGCCGAUGGUGCGGAGUCGGAGGUCUCGAAUGACGAGCUGCGCGCCGCCGACCGAGUUCACGCAUCUGCCUUGCGUGCGAGAAUCGAGGAGAAGGGGGAGUCUGAUGGCGACGGAGGGCCAGGAGGCAGGGAGCCUGACGACGAUGAUGGUGAUGAUGAUGAUGAGCAAGACGUGGCCUGGCUACUGGAGCAGAACACCUGGCUCAUUCAGGAGCUGGAGGCAAAAGACGACUUCAUCCAGGCCCUGCGCGAACAGAUGGAGCAGCUGCAGCGAAGGGAAGGGCAUGGGCCGGGCCCCUCUUCCUCCAUGCACUCGCUGCGAGAGCUGGGGGGCAGCGACAACAGCGACGACGACAGUGACCAAGAAGGCGGUCACCGGUCGUUCUUGGACCACCUCCUGCACGGGACAGGAGGCGGCGGCAGCAACGGGCAGCGGCCGGUCGAUGAUCAUCAUGAACCCGCACACCCCUCCGUCCCGACAACCGUCGUCUCCUGCGACGAGGGACAUCCGAGAGAGGUCACGACCAACGAUGAUGCAGCUGCUGCUGCUCCUGGUCUCGGCGACGGCUGCGCCGCCGCCGUCGCGCUCGAAGCUGCUGCUCCCAGGGGACGCGUCAGUAUCUCAUUGCCCGCGGUGAAGGUGCUGUCGGCUGUGAAGGUGGGCAAGCAUAGGGACCUGGUGGAGAUACCAGACACACAGGUGCACCUUCCACCCGUCGCUCUCGUAACCUCGGACGUGCUUCCCGUAGAGAUCCCCACGGUUGUGGGUCAACAAGCAAACAAACAGCCGCACCAGGGCGCAGUUCCCUCUGCAUUCUCCCUGGGUUCGGCGGAGCAGCAGCAGCAGCCGCUCACGAGAAGCCUCUCGCCGACGCGCUCGGGUCGGAGGCAGUCGGCCGGAGGGGUGACCGGUAUCGUGGGGUACGCCGCCGCCGCCGCCGCCGCCGCCGCCGAGGUCGCCAGCGCUACCACCACCGCCUGUGCUUCUUCCACGACAAGAGCGGGAGCGAUGGCGACCGUUGCACCGUUGCCUGAGGCGGAGGAGACGACAGCGGCCACCACGAAAGCGAAGCCGCCGACACCGGCGCCGCCUGUGGCCGCGCCGCCCACGGUGGAAACGCAGACGACGAAGGCGACCGGUAGGCAGAGGGCGACGGCGAAGGUUACGGCCAAGCAGCAGGAGGAAGAGGCAGCGGCAGCGGUGGCAGCGGCGGCGGCAGCGGCGGCGGAGCCACCGGCCCAGGAGUCUGUGCCGCCGCUCGCACACAUGAACCGCGCCGAGCGGAAGAGCCGGCAGGCGGUGGAAAAGCUCGGGCUGCGCGCCGUGAAGGGCGUGUUUCGGAUGACCAUUCGGACGACAAACGGCGUCGUGUUCGUCGUGAAAGGGCCCGACGUCUUCAGGCAUCCGCGACAGGAAAGCUACGUGGUGUUUGGAUCGGCGGAAACGGACGGAUCCGGCAGCGAAGUUCGUGCUUCACGCCCACCCCAGAGUUUUGUCCCCCCGGCGAUCGCUGUUGGCGCCCCGCCAAAGGUGGCGGGGGCGGUCGUGCCGGCUUCUCGUCCCGACCCGCUGGCUGUGGAGAGCGACUCCAUCUCAGCGGGACUGGAUCCCGCGGAUGUGCUAACCCUCGUCUCGCAAGUCGGGUGCGACUCCAAAGCGGCGAUCGUCGCCCUGCGGCAGGCGGACGGGGACGUGAUAAAUGCGGUCAUGGACCUCACGUUUGCAUCCUCUGGUGGUGGUGAUGGGGCUUCUUGUUCUUGUUGACGAAAAAAUCAAGAGCCAUGCACCUUGGAGAAGCCUGCUGCUGCUGCUGCUGCUGCUGCUGCUGUUCCGUGGGGGCGAACAAGAGAGCCGUUGUUUCGAUUUUCGUAUGGGUCCCGUGACAGCAAUGGUCGAUGCCGUCUGCUGGCCACCUCACGGACUCUGGUGGUGCUGCUGAUGCUGCUGGUGCUGCUGCUCCUGAUGGGGAGGUUUAAGGCCCGAUUUUCAUGCCUCCGCUUUAGCACGAGCUGGCGGUGUUGGUGGUGGACACGCACUUUUCCGAGACGCUGCUUGUCCACUUCACACGUGACAAAUGGGUGCGCAUCUUCACACGUCAACACGGCCAACGCGCCACCAGAGAUGACGGGCGGCCGUUUGCUGCCCUGGCGCGCAGCAAAUGUGGUGCUCUCGACCUGGACCUCCCCGUGACGCCUCGGCAGCUUCGACAGAAAUCGUUAACCCUCGUUCGGCUGUAGACAGCGAGCGGGCUUGGCGUUGCUGCUUUGUCGGAUGCGUACUUGACGAUGAAAACACACGCAUGCGCGCUUCACACAUGUCCAAACUCCACGCUUGUGAAAAAGGAACCUUGAUACACUCCAUACGUACUUCUUUGUGAAAAGGGACCUUCACGGAAGAUUUAUGGGGGGGCGGGGGGGGGUACAUGUGAUUCAUGUCGGGGGCAGAGGCCGGGGUGGGUGGCCUUGAAGCGCAAGACGUCGUGCAUCCAUGUUUUGGCGUUGUUGCUGCUUUGCGGAAGGCCCGCUAGUUGGGACUUCGCGCCAUACCUAUGUGGAACGCACGUGUGGGCGUUGGAGUAAUUUACAACUUACGGAUGAAAGAACGACCGAAAUUUCUCCUGCUCGCGCCGCUAGCCAGGGGCUGCCCGGAGCUGUGCAACCGAAACCUUUGAGCGACAAGCUCCGUUUUUUUUUUUUUUUCAGUUGGGUGGUCGUGUGGAUGUGCCACGGUGAGGGGGAGGUUGCCUUUUAGGUGGAAUUGGGAUUGUCGCAUGUACAGUGGCACAGGGACGGCGAGAAAUCUGCUUGCGUUGUUUUGUAACACAUGGUACAUACUGUAACACAUGUCAAGUUGUGUGUACUUAGCAAAGACAAGGAAGUUGGGUGUCGAAAAUAAACGCUGUUUGCUGUGUUGCUGGCGGAACAGGGGGUGCGAUACAAACAGAUACCAGUCUUCGAUUGGUCAAGUGGCAAGCGCGUGCUCGAUUUUCCUCGCUCUGCGCACGCCGGCAGUUAGCUGUUGUUUCCUCGCAGCUGUUCGUCGUGACGUUUGUUUGUUUGUGUGCGGGGUGCAGGAGACAUUUUUGUGCAGUCUAGGAAGCAAUGUGCUUCGUUACUCGUUUUUCUUCAUUGUCUCUGUUUUCGCAUAUCGUACAAGUUGCAUUGGUGGUAAUGCUGAACUGGACAGCAUCCGUACGGUAAGUAUAGGGGAAUAACAGUCAAGAAUUGCUCAUUUACGGAAACAGCAGUCUUUAGAUUGCACACUGGUGGAAAAGAUGCACUGCUCGUCGUGUUUCGCUUGUGCCUUGUUUCCCGGCAUUUUUUAUUUGGAAAUAUAUUACUACCCGGCCACGUCGCGUAGAAAAGGAUGUCGGAAAGGAGACGGUUGUGAUCGUUUGAUGAGGCACACCGAGUUAGGUGGCUAGUGAUGAAAAACAGUUUUUAUUUGCGCAAAUUCGAAACGAUGGUGUCGAAUGCGAAGACGACAAUAACUCGACAGGGCGACGAUGGUACAGUUCGGCUGAGUGGUGGUAGGGCAGGGCCCAACCUCAUACGUUGGGAAAGGUACCUGGUGCAGUAUUGCCUCACGCGUGGCGUAGAAGACAUCCAAUAGUUGGUGGUCUUACACAGCAGUCGGUGGUGCUAGCGCGCGGUGCUAUUUAGCGCGUAGUUGCUGGUGGCCUGUUAGGGGCAGCAUGACGUGUGUUUGACGUACUACUCGAUUGACUAAAAGUCGCGGGUGCAGUCCUAACUGGAUGCGUGGCGCAGGCAUUUAGGGGUCCGGUGGUGUGAAGUCUCGAGGACGGUGGUACACAUUCACCACACCGUGGAGGGUAAUCGUCUACAGUUGCCGAUUACAGCUAGUUUUCGUUUGUUUUUUUUUUUGGUUUUUUCACCGUCACCUUUGCAGUUAGUUUCGGCAGGUACGUUUGUUUGGCGAUGUGGUUCAUGUUUUCAUUUUGAUUUUGAUUUUCACAAAAUAGACAAGGCCGGUACGCUUGGCGACGUUUCGACGUGGCUGGUGCCAAGGGGUCUCUCGUUGGGGUGUGCAUUGAAGUUUUCAAGGUUUCCACUGUUUCUUGUCCUUGUAGGUUAGGGGUGUGGUCUGAACAGAAUGUUUUAUUACAAUGUAGGAAAAAAAUCUGAUUUGAUGCCAAAGCGGCUGGGUCGUGGAGUUAAAAACGAAGAGAGACACCCCCACUACGCACGCCGGCGAAAACGUACUUCGGGUCUCCUCUGUGGCGGCGCAAGCGCCCAAACGGCGUGCCUCCGUACAGGCAUGUUUGGCGAAAACGUUGCAUUCUCGGCAGGCACCCGAAAGAUAGCACAUCAGUUCGAAGUUCAAAUGUUUUUUAGUACGGGAUUUAUGAGGGCGGCGCAGUAGACGAAUCAAUCGCUCGCGUGGGCAGGACGUUUGCGUCGGUGUCUCUGGAACCCCCUGUAUGCCAGGCAAACGGAAACAAGCGCGGCUGUUAAACCAU